AUGCCUGGCGAGGCGAUCUACACAUACAAGUACAACAAUGGCAUGCAAGAUAUGGUCGUCCGCUAUGGGCCUUCAACCCUCAGCUUCAACUCGGCCACGGCUAUGACUGAAAUCUAUGGUGUCCGGGCCAACGUUCGCAAGACAGACGGAUAUGCUGCGCUGGGUCUCAGUCGUCGCUGUCCGAAUAGCUUAGUUGCCAUAGACAAGGGGCUGCACGGCUUCAAGCGACGGAUCAUGGCCCAGGUAUUUUCCGAGCAGAACUUGAAGCAGAUGGAGGAGCGCAUCCUGGACAAUGUCACGGACUUUGUUUCGCUGCUGGGUUCGGAUUCAGAGGCCUCGCGGGGAUGGGGUCCGCCCAAGGAUGUCGCGCAGGCGUGCACCUGGAUGACCUUCGACAUCAUUGCCGACCUCUGCUACGGGGAGGAUCUCAACCUGUUGCAGGUGGAAGACAUGCGAUGGUUUCCGUCUGUAUUCCGCAAGAUCAGCCAACGGGGCAUGAUGAGCCUCAUCCAGCCCAGAUUCAUCCAACUCAAGCUCGACCACUUCCUCCUCGCCUCUCAGUACAAAGACAUCCUCCGUGCGGGCAGCUGGAUCCGCGAACGCGGCGAAGCCCGCGCCAAACUGGGCAACAAGAACAUCGAGAAGGACAUCUUCAGCGUGAUGCUGAACGCGACGGAUCCGAAAACCGGCCGGAACUUCACUCAGAAAGACCUCUGGGUUGAAUCCAUGCUUCUACUGGUAGCAGGCUCCGACACGACCUCCAACGCCCUCAGCGCAACAAUCCACUACCUCCUGCACCACCUCACCAUUUUAGGGCCACUAAUCACGGAAAUCCGCUCGACCUUCCCCACCGAGACCAGCAUCAACUUCGACUCCGCCUCCCCGACCACCAGCCCGUACCUGCACGCCUGCGUCAACGAAGCCAUGCGCCUCGCCCCCUCCGUGCCCAACGCGCCCCCGCGCGCCGUCUGCCCCGGCGGCAUCUACAUCGACGGCGACUUCAUUCCCGCCGGCACCAUCGUCGGCGCCCCGAUCUACACCCUCCACCGCAACGAGGCCUACUUCGACCGUCCGGAUGAGUUCCGGCCGGAGCGGUGGUUGGAUCCCUCCUACAGCAGCAGCAGCAGCAGGUCUCCGACGGCUUCUGGUCCUUCAACCGCAGAGGAACAGCAGCAGCAGGGAACAUCCGCCGCGACAACCACCAAACAAACCCAGGCCUAUCAGGCCUUCUGCCCCUUCAGCUACGGGACCCGCUCCUGCGUCGGCUGGCGCCUGGCCUACACGGAGCUCCAUCUCGCCGUGGCGCGGCUGCUCUGGCGGUAUGAUGUUCGGUUAGCGGCGGCGCCGGCGGCUUCGACUUCCUCUCCGAAUCACGGCAAGACGGAUUCUGAGUAUGAGAUGAUGGGGUGGGUGGUUGCGGCGGUGGAAGGGCCGGUGGCGCAGUUUCGGAGGCGGGAGGAUCUCUUUUGA